CCGCAGGAGCAUCUGCCGUGCAUGCUGUGACAUCACACGUGACGUCACAGCCUGUACAGCAGCGGUGUUAAUCCUCGCGCACACGACGACGGGGCUGCUCCGCGUCUCUGCCCACUCUCUGCCCUUCUCCCUCACAAACACGCGCGCGCGUGCGCCAAGCAGCAGCAGCACAUCCUCCACGAGACAUUUGCGGGUUUCAGCUCUGCGGAUCCCGAAGGAGAGCGGAGCCGAAAACGUGUCUGACGGGACCGAACCGCGAACCAGACAGGCGUGUCGGCUCCGCGGCGCGUUCGGUUCCGUUCCUGCGGCAGAGCAGCUGGAUCAGAGCGGCUCUGUGGGCUGAGGUGGAUGAUGAUGAUGAUGAUGAUGACCUCCUCCCCCACAGAGAAGAUGAAGAAGAAACCUCCAAAAGACAGCCUGACUCUGCUGCCAUGUUUCUACUUUGUGGAGCUGCCCAUCGUGGCCUCUUCAAUGGUGUCACUCUACUUCCUGGAGUUGACGGACGUGGUCCAGCCGGCUCAGGUGGGGUUCCGCUGCCACGACAGAGACCUCAGCAUGCCCUACGUGGAUGGAGGAGACGAGCUCAUCCCGCUGCUGAUGCUGCUGAGCCUCGCCUUCGCCGGCCCUGCUGCUUCGAUCAUGCUGGUUGAAGGGGUCAUCUACUGCCUGCAGUCCCGGCUGAAGCUCCGCAGAGCAGAAGGCAGCAUCAACGCUGGAGGCUGCAGCUUCAACUCAUUCCUGAGGAGGACGGUCCGCUUCGUAGGUGUGCACGUGUUCGGGCUGUGUGCGACCGCGCUGCUCACCGACAUCAUCCAGCUGUCCACGGGGUACCAUGCUCCCUUCUUCCUCACCGUCUGUAAGCCCAACUACACCCUGGCAGGCGCGUCCUGUGACAAAAACGUUUACAUCACCAAGGACAUCUGCUCAGGACACGACCAGCAUGCCAUCAUGGCCGCCAGGAGGACUUUUCCUUCCCAGCAUGCAACUCUGUCGGCCUUCGCUGCUGUUUACGUUUCUAUGUACUUUAAUUCGACCAUCUCGGACAGCACCAAGCUGCUGAAGCCAUUGUUGGUUUUUGCGUUCGCCAUCGCCGCGGCGCUGACAGGCCUGACUCAGAUCACGCAGCACCGCAGCCAUCCCAUUGACGUGUACGUGGGCUUCCUCAUUGGAGCCUUCAUCGCUGCGUACCUGGCACUUCACGCCGUUUCCAACUUCAAGUCCUCUGAUGAUGUAACUCAGGCUCCACCCCCACCACCCUUGAAGGAAGACCCUCUUCGUGCUCUGACAGAGCGAGGACACGACUCUGUCUACAACAAGGGCCCCGCCUCCGCUUCAGAGAGCAACGAUGAGAUUACAUCGGCCCCUGCCCCCUUGGACCGGCUGGAGGGCCUGGGGCCCCUGCAGAGGGAAAAGGGAUCCAUGGGGAGCCUCAAGAGGGCCAGCGUGGACGUGGAGCUCCUGGCUCCUCGGAGUCCCAUGGGGAAGGAGACCAUGCUGACCUUUAGCAACACGCUGCCGAGGGCGAGCAUGAAGAUUGACGGGGUGCUGGAUUCGGACGGGGCAGAGGAACCAGGGCAGGCGGCCAACCCGGGGCAGCCGGCGCACCUGGGCCAGGCUGUGCAGCGGCGCCUGAACACGGUGCAGGUACCACUGGACCCAAUGCGCUCGCAGCAGCUGGUCUCAGAGUGGAAGCAGAAGUCCAUGGAGAUGCGAGGCCUGAGCGUCCGGGAUGAGGCGGAGUGUGAGGCCGGCGAGGACAGCUCUGAGGUGGGCUCCGUGGGGACCGAUGACGGGGGAUCCCAGGCUCCCAUCUGCCAGCCCACCGUCAAGUCUGGGAGGAGGGGCUCAGGCCGCAACCCUACUCCACCUCCAGGCGGUGCUAAAGCCGUGCCAACUCCCAGGCCGCCUCAGAUCCCCGAAGCAGGACCUCCCCCAGUGUCCCCAAAGAGCGCCUUGACCCGGGCCAAAUGGCUCGCCAUCCGAGAGAAGACGAGCGGGGACGCUUCGCCCCGCGGCUCUGCCGGCCAGCCCCGGCUGAUGCAGGUCAUUGCCAUGUCCAAGCAGCAGGGCCUCCUUCCCUCCUCCUCCUCUGGCGAGAAGUCCUCCGAGACCACCUCCACCUGCUCCGGCACCUCCUCCACCACGGACUCACCGCACUACCACCCUCCCUCCGACCAUCACCGGGAGGGGCGGAGUUUCCCCACAGUGGACGCCCACGGCCCACAACACCCUGUUGUGCGUGCCCCGACCCCCCCUCAGGCCCCACCCCUGGCAGGCAACGGGAAUCCGUGGGAGUGGGGUGUGAUGUCCAAUGGGAACGACCCGCGAGACACCUACAACCUGAACAAUCUGAGCCGGGGGGACCGCAGCAGCAGCUUCUGCCCACGCCGCUCCGUCUCGCCUCGCGCCGCCGUCGACCCGCAGGCCGAGAUGUCCGCGGACGCUCAGCGCAGGGAGAUGGCCAUGAGACGCAAAACGGCGCUGGUUCUGCUGGACCGAGAGAUCCGGAACCAGGCUGAGCAGGAAAACUAUUAUAAGAGUCUGCAGGGGCGAAGGUUCAAGGACUGAACUCAGCAGCCUUAAUCUGUGACAGACCCGACCAGAACCACAAGCCAGACAGAACCACAACAGGUCAGAACCCCAUCCUUACUGAACUGCAUCCUGACAAAACCACAUCCGGAAAGUACCAGAUCCUAACUGAACCACAUCCUGUCAGAACCCCAUCCUGAUAGAACCACCUCCUGACAGAAACCCAUCCUGAACAGACCGCAUCCAGACAGAACCACAACAAGGCGGAGCGACAACAUCCACAGUAUGCUGAGUGGUUCCCACGACAACGGAGGGGACUCAACAUCUGACUCAACUAUCCUAAAAUUAAAGAAUACAGACGCCAUACAUCAGAACCACUGAGCUGAACCAGAGCCAUACACCAGAACCUGAGCCACAAACAAGAACCAGAACAAAAGCCAUACAGAAGAUGAUGGACAUUACAGUAUAACCCGAACCAUACAGCAGAACCUGGAUCCAGCACCAGAACCUGUCCCAAGUUGUAAAUUUCCUGGAUGACCGUGUUGUUGCUGCUGUGUUGUCAUGGCUGGUUGCUAUAGUGACUCUGGCAUGUUUGUCUGAGUGCUGCCCUCUGAUUGGCUGAGGCCUCUGAGUGAACAGGGUGGACCCGGCCUGUGCUUCACAUGGGAAUUGAAGUUCUGUGAAUGUCCUGAAUGUUUUCUCUGGUACCGUGUUGACUGACUCAGAUCAGAAAAAAGCUGGUUGUUUUUAUUGUUCCGUGGCUUUGGUGGACAGCAUGCUGCAGAGUGGACCGGUUCUGACCCUUCCUGUUAAAGAUGCAACUCCGGCCAGCACAUUCUGAGUAUGACCAUUAAUAAGACUGUCGACUGGAAAAGCCUUAUAGCCGGACCCACUCUAUGGUCGCCGCCUGCUUAGGGCCCAGUAACGUGUCUGUGUUUUUGCAUGUGAUCUGAGGCCGUUAAACCCAGAGGGACCGACUCAGUGUCUCCAUCUGAAUGUAGAACCAUGAAACAUUGUUUAUCUUGAACCCGUUCAUCACGUGACUGUAAAAAGACAAAGUGCUGCUAUAAAAAGACUGAUGAUGGUGCUGCAUGCUCUGUGCUCGUUAGGAUGAAAAUAAAUUAAAACGUGU